AUGACCCAACGCGUAAAUCAACAUCUCACCCCAUGGUGCGUCGUUUUUGUCCACCAUACUGAGCCCAUCAAAUAUACGGAAUUCAUCGCUGAAGGCACCGAAGAAAUGGUCUUACAAGCCAAAAUCGCUAGCCGUGAAUAUGCCUUGAAUAUCCUAGGUCCAUUUCCCUUGCUUUCCCAGGAGAUUGGCGUGACCAUUUACGAGUUCCGCGAUUGGGCUUAUAAGAGGACUUCGCUCUCAACGCGCCAACAGGCAUACACACGUCCGAUCGCUCACGAGAGCCGUGCCUUCGCUCGGCUAGAUAGCAUUGGCGAGAAUGGCACCUGGGCUGUGAAUUGCCACGGUUGGAUGAAAUUGUCUGAUAAAGAAUUCAAGCGUCUUCAAAAGUACAAUUCCCUUACCCGCUCAAAGACUAUAUUCCAAACACCAUUACCAUCUCCGAUGUUCCAGAGAUACGACGCAAGAUGA